AUGGCACACCUUCAUCCUUUAUCUGAUGGCUGCACGAAGUCGGAAUUGGAUCUUUUUCAGAUCCCACCGACGCAAACAACAAUUCAAGACGGAAGAUGGAUUGAAUACAGACCCGUCGCUAACUUGGCCGAGUCUAGCCCGGUCGAGUUUGACAUACCUAGCUCUGGAGAGGAGUACGUCGACUUGUCGCAGACGCAAUUAUAUGUGAGAGCCAAGGUUGUCAGGGGGAAUGGGGCCGACCUACCAGAAGGAGUAAAAGUCGGACCUGUCAACUUGUUCAUGCACUCCUUGUUUCAACAAAUUGACGUUAGCCUCAAUAACAAAUUGGUCACUCCGUCUUCGAACACCUACCCGUACAGAGCGAUGAUAGAAACACUACUCAACUUUGGGCAGGAGGCCAAAGACACUCAGCUGACAACAGCACUUUUCUAUAGAGAUACGCCAGGAGCAAUGGAUGUCAACGAUCCAAACCCCGAGGCUGAAGGAGCUGCUGUCAACCUCGGACUGAAGAAACGCACCCAAUUCACACAGGAUAGUAAUGUGGUGGACAUGAUUUCACCUUUACAUGUUGAUGCUUUCUUCCAAGAAAGGUACCUCAUCAAUAAUGUGGAUUUGAAAAUCAAACUACAACGCAGCAAAAACCAGUUCUGUCUGAUGUCGGCGGACGCAAAUCCUGACUACAAAGUGGUGAUCAUGGAAGCAGCGCUUUUUGUUCGAAAAGUGAAGUUGUCUUCAUCAUACCGUCUGUCCAUCGAAAACCAGCUGGCCCGAGAGACAGCAAAGUACCCGCUCCGCCGUGUAGAAGUAAAAGCAAUCACACUCCCCAGGGGACAUCUCACUGCCAGCACGGACAAUGUGUUCUUGGGGCAGAUACCACGCCGUGUAGUGGUAACGCUUGUUGAAAACACAGCCUUUCAGGGUUCAUAUACGAGGAACCCGUUCAACUUUCAACACUUUAAUCUUAAUUAUAUUGGAUUAAACAUCGACGGAGAGACAGUCCCACACAAAGCCCUGACGCCAUCGUUCCCACAGAGAGAUUUCAUCAAAUCGUAUUACACACUGUUCGGGCCUACAGAGAAACAAGGAGCAGACAGCGGGAAUCAGAUUGGGAGGGAGGAUUUCGACCGCGGCUACGCGUUUUGGUGCUAUGAUUUAACACCGGAUCUCUGUGGGUCCGGUCAGGGGCACUUUAACGUCGUGAAACAUGGAAACGUUAGACUUGAGUUGCAUUUUGCAGAAGCUCUGCCGGAGACUGUAGUGGCUCUCGUCUGGGCCGAAUUCGAAAACUUGCUGGAAAUCAACAAUAAGAGAAUCGUGCAGUUUGACUACACAAACUGA